AUGAACAAAAGAUUUAAUACUCAAUAUCCAAUUGCACCUCCCAUGAAUGAUAUCUCAAACUUAUACAAAAGAAUCAGAAUAGAAGAACAAUUAUAAUUGUUUGAUGAAGUUAUCAAGAAAGUUAAAAUUAAGAAACUAAUAAUCUAAUCACCAUAAAACAAAGAACCUUUCUUGGUUUAAGCUAAAUCUAUACAACUAAAAACAGAACGAACUCUUUCUGUUCGUUCACCAAGGAUUCCUAAAAUAUUAAAGAAAUAAGUUCUUCCUAAGCUUGUUAGAUAGAAGCCAUCCAUUUCUGGUUGGGAAGUAAACAUUCAUAAUGAUUCAUAAAUGUAUUAUUGA